AUGGCUGAAGAAACUCAAGUUCAACAAGAAAUUCAAGAACUUCCACAAGAAUUAAAAGACAUUAAAGCUGUCUUAUAUCAAGCAAGAGCCCAAAACAUUUUAACUAAAGGAAUUAGACAAUGCCUUAAAGUUAUUGAAGCUAAGAAGGCCCUUUUCUGUUUCAUUGCUGAAGACUGUGACAACGACAAAUAUACUGGACUUCUUACUGCUAUUUGCAAAGAACAAGGAAUUAAAAUCGUUAAAGUCCCAGAAAAGAUCCAACUUGGUGAAUGGACUAAUCAAUGCAAAAUCAGAGACGGAGUUGCUGUCAAUAUUGCUAAAUGUUCAUGUGCUGUUAUUGGAAACAAUAUUAAAUUUACUGAUGAACUUAAGAGAUUAAAAGCUAAAGUUGAUGCUUAA